UUAGCAACAUGGUGGCGCCCAUGUACUAACAGCGUGUCUGCAUUCACUGCAAACUUUUAAAUGUCCUGUUGUUUGUUGAUUUCUGAUUACUCGGCUUUAAUGGUUAUUUUAUAUCUGUGUGAUAUUUUUAAAUUUAACGAAUACAAUGAAGACUAAAUCCUCACAUCACAAAUCAGAAAACACGUUUAGGUUUCUUACGUUUUCUGAGAGGCUUGCAAAUGUCAACAUUGAUGUUGUUCAUCGCAUUGAUAGAACUGGAAGUUUCAGUGAGGAAGUUGAAACUUACUUUUUUGAAAGCCUGAAAAAAUGGAGAGAUUUGAAUCUAACAGAACAUUUUGUGACAUUUUUUAAGGAGGUUGUCACUAAAUGCCAGUCAUUCAACCAGCUAGUUUUUCAUCAGAAUGCAAUUGUUGAGAGUUUGAAGACCCAUCUUCAAGUUAAACGGAGCCUUGCCUACCAGCCACUUUUGGACCUAGUGGUGCAGCUGGCCCGAGAUCUUCAAACUGAUUUUUACCCUCACUUUAAAGAUUUCUUUUUGAUUAUCACCUCUCUUUUGGACACUCAAGACACAGAGCUGUUAGAAUGGGCUUUCACCAGUUUGUCGUAUCUUUACAAGUAUUUAUGGAGGCUAAUGAUCAAAGAUAUGCCUGAGAUAUACAGUUUAUACAGCAAGCUGCUAGCCCACAAAAAAGAGCACAUACGAAACUUUGCCGCUGAAAGUUUUGCUUUCUUGAUGAGAAAGGUAUCUGAUUUUCAUGCCCUCUUUAACUUAAUGUUCCUUGAUUUGGAUACGCAUAAAGAAAAAGCAGAAGGUGUUGGACAAUUAUUGUUUGAAAUGUGCAAAGGUGUGAGGCACAUGUUCCAUUCCUGCACUUGCAAGGCUUUCAAAAUUGCUUUGCAAAAAUUGGGACCUGUAACGGAGAAAGAGGUUCAAUUACCUUGGCCUGCCGUAGGAAAAGCCCUUGACCAUAUGGCAAGAUCUGCAGCAUCUUACGUUUACAAAGAAAAUUUCACUGUCCUUUGGGAUUGUUUGCAGGUUUCUGCUUUAGAGAUCUUACAAGAAGUACAUGAGAGUCCUUCAGAAUGUUCAGAGCAAUUAGAAAGGCUUUUGUGUAUAUAUGAAAUCCUUGUGAAACACAGUCAAGGUUUAAAAGUUUCAGAUCCUAAACAGCUUUGCAAGGUAAUAAUUCAAGUGGUACAGAGUCCACACUAUUCUCUACAUUGUACUCAGAAACUCUUCCAGGUUAUCUCCUCUUUCCUUCUGGGUGAAAAUAUCUCCCUUCCUGAAAGUUUAAUUGAGGAAACACUUCAAAAGAUUUUUACAAGUGGAAUGGACUGUGAGCUGGUUUUGCCAUUUUCUGUAAAGAUGUUUGAAAUGAAACAGUUUGAACAGCUGUUUCUUCCCAGUUUCUUGCGCUAUUUGGAGCAGAUUCUAUGUACAGAUGACCAAAUCACCCAACAACACGUAUUGCAGGUGCUUGUUAAGUUAAUUCUGAUCAAAGCAGAGCCUCCAACUGAUGGAUCAAUGGCCUUUGAAAAAUACCCUUUAUUUUUUACUGGGAAAAUAGCAGGGAUGGAUAUGAAGAAAUACAAAAAUCUAAAUUCCAUUGUACCUGUUUUGGAUUACUUUUUAUCUUUAAUUGAAGUACCGAAGGAUAACACUCUUGUUGAACUGUCACACGCAUGGGCUUCCCUGGUAGUUCUUCCACAUAUCAGGCCAAUUGAUGCAGACCGAACAUUGCCUCUUCUUACCUCGUUAAUUGAUCAUCUAUUACAUGCUGUUGGUAGCAAAGUUAUGGGGAGAGGAGCUCUUUUUGUAGCCCGUCAAGCUUUAAGCACUCUUCUGAGCUUUAAGGAAUCUUCAGAAAUUCUUAAUCUUGUGCCACUAGAUCAAGUAAAGAAUAUUGUAAGGCAGUUUCCAUCAGACCAGUCUUCUCUUUUGUUUGCUGACUUAUAUUAUACAAGACUGGCACUAAAUGGAUGCAUAGAACACCUCUCUCAAGAAGCAAUGCUCGAUUUGUAUGAUGUACUACGUCACAAUCUCGCAUUAAAUAAAACAAAGGUCCGCCUCCUGACUUUAAGAAUCCUUAAUCACUUUUGUAUUAAUCUACCAAAAACUGAAGAGAUUGAUGGAUAUGGGGAGCCACAGACAGUGUUUGCCAUUUGUCUUCAAGCUGAACUUGUACCUGCAACUGUUCAUGAUUAUCGUGAAAAGCUACUCCACUUACAUAAACUGAGGCAUGAUUUAAUACAGCCCUCUGUACCUAAGGGACAUUUGCAGGAGGUUCCCUUAUGUUAUUUAAUUGGAAUGCUCUAUAUUAACUUCAGCCCACUAUGGGACCCAGUGCUUCAGCUUAUAGCUUCUCAUGCUCGAGAAAUGGACAAUAAAGAAUUUUGGAAAGUAUUUUACUUACAUUUGAACAAUGCUGCACUUUUAGCUGAAAAGGAUCAACCUGAGGAAAAAGGAGUGUCAAAUUUUAAAACUGCGCAAGAUCACAGCAAUCUGAGAUGUGGUGUCAUUUCUGUGCUUUACCUUGAUAAUUUCAAGUUAGUCACAGAUGACAAAGAAAGAACUGAUUUUACAAAUUUUAGAUGUCUACUAUGGAAGGCAAUGCUCCAAUUCCCUGAAAGAGUGGAACCUCGAUCAAGAGAACUGUCGCCUCUACUACUGAGGUUUAUUAACAAUGAAUAUUACCCAGCUGACCUCAUGGUAGCACCAACACAGAAUUUAAGAAAAAAAAGUGAUAAGGACCAUGAAGAUAACAUUAAAAUGGAUGAAGAAAAUGAUUCAGAUGAUGACACAGAAUGUCCUGGGAGAAAAAGAACAAGGAGGGCAGCAUCAAAACAGCUGAUUGCUCAUCUGAAAGUGUUUUCAAAGUUUGCAAAUCCUCGGGCACUCUAUUUAGAAUCAAAACUGAAAGAGUUGUACACUGAGCUGCUUUGCCAUCAGUAUCAAGAUGUUCAGAAAAUUGCUUUGGAAUGUAUAAUGACUUACAAGGAUCCACACAUUAUGCCUUACAAUGACCACUUGGAGCGACUUUUGGAUGAUAAACAUUUUAAAGAAGUUAUUGUCCAUUUUAAUAUUUCUGAGGAAAAUUCUAUUGUAAAAUCUUCAGAUAGGGCUCAUCUUAUGCCUAUUUUAAUGAGAAUUCUUUAUGGGCGCAUGAGAAGUAAAACUGGAAGUAAAACACAGGGAAAAUCAGGCGCUGGAACAAGAAUGUCAAUUGUAAUGCGUUUUUUAGCUGGUUCCUUACCUGAAGAACUUGGAUUAUUUAUUGACCUGCUUUUUGAGCCUGUGAAAAAUUACAGUAAAGAAGCUUGCCUUACUGCUGUGCAAACUGCAAUGGCCCAGGUUGAUCUUUCCAGAGUCCUGCCAUUGGGUCGUCAGCAUAGCCUUCUUCAUAGUAUUGAGAUUGUAAUCCAGAAACUGGGGCAUUUGAUUAGUCAGUAUCUGCCAAAGAUUCUACAGAUAAUCCUGUGUAUUACAGGUUCAAUUUCUGUUGUGUUGGACCAAAGGGACAAAAUACAAGCAGGAUGCAUUAGCCCAUUUAAGAACUUGCGGCGUCUUGGAAUUCUUCGAGUUCAACAAUUCUUUGAUGGGUUUGAAUCUUACAGCUUCACUUCUGAAGAAAUUGAUGCUGUGUUUCAAGCAGUGAUUUGGCCGCAGAUAAGCCGUCUACCUUCUGAGAGCUGCUAUUCUCCAACUCCAGUACUGAAGCUAAUUCAUGUGUGGAGUACAAAUUCUCGAUAUUUUCCUCUUCUUGGGAAGCAGAAGAUUGGAGAACCGACCUGUGACAUUUUGUUCAAUGUCUUUGCUUUGCUGUCUGCAAAAAAAGUAACUCAGUCCACCAUCAAUGUUGUUAUCGACAUUGCUGAACUCCUCCUUACUACACCAGAUUUUGAGCCCACGGAUUCAGUUAUGGCACUGCCAGUGAAUAACUGUAUAAUUCCAGAAGAUACAUUGGCUGCUGUACCUAAUGCACCAGAUGGCCUUAGCCUUGGUUCUAGACUUAUUCUUCCACAUGUGUCUUCCAUUCUUCAGUACCUGAGCAAUGUGGUAGGAAAUGCUGAGAGGAUGAAGAAGAAAAAAUUCAGGGCUGAAGUUAGCAAAGAGCUUAACAUCCUUUCAAAAAUCAGCAAAUUUGUGCAAGAAAAAGAACAGAGUUCAGUACUUAUUUUCCUGUUGUUGCCAUACCUUUACAAAACCAACAAUACUCCGGAUACUGAGAUUGAUAUCUUGGAGACUAUACAAAACUUGCUGAAGCAAUGUAUCAAACCUACCUCUUUCUUGAAACCUCUAGCCAAACUCUUCUCUGUUAUUCAGAACAAACUUUCUCGGCAGAUGCUUUGCACAGUGUUUCAGUGUUUAAGUGAUCUGGAUGAAAGGCUGAAAUACAUCACAGAUAUUGCAAUCAAGCUAAAUGCUUUUGACAGCAGACACCUAGAUGAAAUAAAUUUUGAUGAACGUUUAAUAGCUUUUCAGUUCAUUAUGGAUUACAUCAAAAAGAUGAACUCCUUGGAUACAGAUUAUCUCAUUACUAUAAUGCAAAACUGUUUCUAUUCUAUACAGUUGGGGGAUAUGUCUCUCAGUGACACUGCAACAUUGUGCUUAAUGACAAUAAUCAAGCAAGUUGCUUUGAUUGAGCACACAAAAGAAGAAUACCAAGAAAUUAUUUUGAAAACAUUGGUGGCUUCAGUAAAGAAAGGACUUCGGUGUAAGACUGAGAGCAUUCAACAGGAAUACACCACAGUACUUUCCUGUCUGAUUCAGACAUUUCCUGCAGACUCAGAGUUUAAGGAGCUGGUGCAGUUGACUAAUUACAGUGACCCUGAAUCAGAUUUCUUUGAACAUAUGAAACAUAUACAGAUCCAUCGACGAGCUCGUGCAUUAAGAAAAUUUGCCAAGCAGCUUACAGAAGGAGAUCUUUUCUUGUCUUCAAAAUCACUUCAGAACUACAUUAUGCCAUAUUCAAUGACAGCUCUGUUCGAUGGGAAAAUGUUUAAGCAUGAGAAUAUGAUGUCUGCUUCUGUGGAGGUGAUUGGAGCUAUAUGCAAGCAGCUACCCUGGUCCAAAUACAUAUAUUACUUGAAAUUGUUUGUGCACGUUUUACAGACAAGACAAAUUGAUCAGAAAUUGGCUGUCAGUUUACUAGUGGCUGUUUUAGAUGCUUUCCAUUUUGACAGUAAAACUCUUUCAAAAUGUCUUGAAGCACCAAAGAAGGAAUUAAAUGAAGCUUGUGUAAUGGAUGAUAAUGCAGAAGAGGAAGGUGAAGAGAUGGAGCUAGAGGAAAGUGAAGAGGAGGUGGAUAUGGAUAUUCCUGAAGAUAGUUCUAAAGAAAUAAAUAUAGAAGGAGAAGCAAAGGAAGUGUUGUCUUCAAAUAAAAAUAAUACAACCACAAAUCAUUCUAAUAACACCUUUUUGGGAAUGCCCAGAAAUAAACAAGAACUGGAAAAUCUAAUCCAGCACAUCCAAGGCACUGUGUCAAACACCAUCUUGCCUCGAUUACACAAGUGCCUCUCUGCAAAGGGAAAGCGAGAGAGUGAACAUAAAUUAGCAAAAUCCAAAGAAGUGGAUGAAGAACAACUUGCUCGAAUUCCUAUUGCAUUUGCCAUGGUCAAGUUAAUGCAGUCCCUUCCACAAGAAGUCAUGGAAGCAAACUUACCAAGUAUUUUGCUGAAAAUUUGCAUCCUUCUUCGAAACCGCUUUCAAGAAAUUAGAGAUGCUGCUCGCAAUGCACUAAUAAAAAUCAUCGAAACUUUGGGAUGUCAGUACCUCCAAUAUCUGUUAGCAGAAAUGAAGACUGUCUUAGUCAAAGGUUAUCAGGUUCAUGUUUUGACAUAUACAGUUUACCUGCUGUUAGAGACUCUCAGUAACACUCUUAAUAGUGGAGAUCUGGAUUCUUGUAUGGACAUGUUAAUUUCGAUCUUUAAUCGAGAACUGUUCGGUGAUAUUGCAGAAGAAAAGGAAGUAAAAGGGAUUGUUUCUAAAGUAAUGGAAGCCAGACGAAGCAAAAGUUAUGAUUCUUAUGAAAUACUUGCUCAAUUUAUUGGAAAGGGUCAAGUGUCUCAGCUAAUUAUACCACUGAAAGAGGUUCUUGAAAAUACUACAAGCUUAAAAGUUGCCCGUAAAGUCCAUGAAACUCUGCGACGUAUUGUAGCUGGUCUGCUACUUAAUAAGGAAAUGGCCGCAAACUCAAUCCUUUUGCUAAGUUAUGGGCUUGUCAGUGAAAGUUUACCACUCCUUACAGAGAAAACCAAAGAAAAGACUAUACAGCAGCCUGCAUUAGAUCCAAGACUUCAACCGAAAAGCUGCCUCCUGCUUCCACCAACUCCCACCAGAGAUGGUCAGAAAGCUGCAAUUAGCUACAGAACUAAUAUGCACAUCUUGGUGGACACAGGUCUUAGACUUUUGCAUAUGAGUUUAAAAAGGUCCAAAGUCAAUUCUUCUGAAAGUGAUGUGUUGGAAAUGCUUGAUCCUUUUGUAACGCUUCUGAUUGACUGCCUGAACUCCAUGCAUGUCAAGGUGAUUACUGAAUCCUUGCAAUGCUUUACAUGGAUUCUGAAGUUUCCUCUACCUUCUGUUGGAAAUAACAUAGAUCAGCUGACAAAGCAAUUGUUUGUUUUACUUAAAGACUAUGCAAAAGCAGGAGCAGCUAAAGGAGAUAACUUCCAUCUUGUUGUCAACUGCUUCAAGUGUAUAACAAUGCUUGUGAGAAAUAAUGAGAGAUGCAAAAUCUCAGACAAGCAGUUGCAGGUCUUGCUGGGAUAUGCAGAAGAGGAUAUAUAUGAUCAGUCGAGACAAGCCACAGCUUUUGGCCUCCUCAAGGCUAUUGUUUCUAAAAAAUUAAUUGUUCCUGAAAUGGAAGAUGUCAUGAAAAAAGUGUCUAAACUUUCCAUAACAGGACCAAGUGACCUAAUUCGGGUUCAGUGUCGACAGAUUUAUAUGAAGUACAUCCUAGAUUAUCCCUUAGGGAAGAAACUGCGAGCACACUUAGAAUUCAUAGUUUCCCAGCUAAGCUAUGAAUAUGAAACUGGAAGAGAAUCAGCGUUAGAACUACUAACCAGCAUUUUUCAAACCUUUCCUCAGGCUCUGCUACAUGAAUAUUAUGGCUUGUUCUUUAUUCCACUAUCACUUAUGAUGGUAAAUGACGACUCUCCAAAGUGUAAAAAGAUGGCAGCGCUAUCAACAAAAUCACUCCUGGAAAAAGUCGGUUCGGAACAUCAAGAUGCCAUGUAUGGAAUAGUAAAGUCAUGGCUUGACAGUGAAAAGGUUCCUCACAGGAGAUUGGGAGCCCAGGCUUGUGGCCUUUUUGUGGAAUUAGAAGGUGUGCGUUUUGAGAGACGUCUUCAAUCACUUCUCCCAUUAAUUGAGAGAGAAAUUGACCCUUCAAAAUUUGAAGAUAUUGAUGAUGAAGUUAAGGAAAAAGCCGCUGACAGACUUCUGGUUGUUCUGUUAACUUUGAUUACAAAACUAAUAAGAGAGUGCAACCUUUUGCAGCUGUCUAAGCAGGAUGUAACAUUUGAUAACAUUUUGCGGCACAUUCAUUCUCAUUUGUGGUUUCCCCACACUUGGGUAUGGUUGACUGCAUCACAGAUUUUUGGUUUGCUGUUUGCUGCACACAAUCCAGAAGAACUAGUUAAAAAGUACAGUGAAUACCAAACAAAUCCAAGUAAGAAGAUGGCAAGUGAACUACCAGCAACACAGUUCUUACUCCGUGAUUUGGAAAAAAAGAUUAAAGAAAUGACACUAGCUUUUUGCCAUCAACUGCAGUCUAAAUUUUUGGAUCAGUCUUCAGGAGAGCAGGUCAUCAGAAACUUGCUCUUUGUUGCGAAAGUUCUUUAUCUACUGAACCCUGAAUUAGAAGAACAGGACACUAACAGUGUUACUACACAUGAGAAUGAAGAGAUACACCAGGAAGAGGGAGUAAAUCAGCAAAACGAAACAAGUUCAAAACCUGUGACAGAGGAGAAUGACCAGCCUGCUUCACUAAGGUGGCUCAUGAACAAGCUUUCUUACUUGGCAAAGGUGGAGGCAGCCCACAGUCCUAAAGUGCCUUUAAAGAGAACCUGCAUUUUCAAGUUCCUUGGAGCAAUUGCAGUUGAUCUUGGAAAGGACAAAGUAAAGCCUUACCUGACCGCAAUCAUUGCACCCCUUUAUAGGGAGCUCAACAGUACUUACGCAGAACAAGAUCCAACUUUGAAAAACCUUUCCCAAGAAAUAAUUGAGCUGCUGAAGAAGAUUGUUGGCCUUGAGAUUUUCUCCCUGGCAUUUGCUGCAGUUCAGAAACAAGCCAGCCAGAAAAGAGCAGUUAGAAAACAGCAAAAAGCUACAGAGGCAGUUGCUAACCCUGCAGUUGCUGCACAGAAAAAAUUAAAGAAGCAUAAAAAUAAAAUCAAAGCCAAAAAACGGAAAAUUGAGUUCCUGCGUCCCGGAUACAAAGCUAAGAGGUUGAAAAGUCAUGCAUUGAAGGAUCUGGCCAUGGUGGAGUGAAGUGUAGGUCACUAGGAGCAGUGCACAUGCAUAUGGCCAUUACUGCUGUGUCCAUCAGUUUUAACACAGAAAUAUUUAAUGUACAGCUGAAAAACAAGUUACCAAGAUUUUGUAUUAAACUGUGAUUUAUAAAUCA